GUAAGUUUGUGUAUAGCUGUUUCGUAUUGCAGUACUGCAAUUAAUCAAUAGAAAAGGAUACCCACGAAUGUGACAUGUGGAGUCGACUCAAAUCCAAGAUGGCGCACUUCACUGUCAUUCAAUACCUACAGCAGGUCGUAGAUGCUAUGUCUUCAAGAAACGGCGAUCUGGCAGCCGAGCUUCUGUCCUUUACUCACCCACACAUAGCAAGCCCAAGGCUACAGAUUCCUGAUGCGCAGUCUCAGUGUGAGCGGUGGUUUGAACCACCCUUAGAUGAGCUAGUGGCUUGUCAUCUUAGGGCUGUGUGGGCUGUUGGCAAUAAUGACUAUGUUGAGGCGUACAAUGCCCAAGCUUCAGUUGUGCAAGCUUUCAUUAAGAUCUUCCAAGCACAAAAAGAUGAGAAUUGGUCUUUGCCUCUGAUGAGUGCUGUCACCUUAGAUAUCAGACGGUUCGCUGUGAAGGCAGACCAACAGAUGUGCCAGCGGGGGGCAGGAAAGCCUGGCGACACCCUUGAGAAGGCUGCUGAGAUGAUUAUGGGUUGCUUUAGGGUGUGUGCUAGCGACAGUCGUUCAUCUCUUGAUGUCUCCAAGAAAUGGGGCAUGCUUGCACUUGUCGUUCACCUGUUCAAAAUAUACUUCAAGAUAAACAAACUCCACUUGUGCAAGCCGUUGAUAAGGGCCAUUGACAGUGCACCCAUCAAAGACCAAUUCAAGCUGGGUCAUUUGGUAGCAUACAGAUUUUUUGUAGGACGCAAGUACAUGUUUGAUGGUGAUUUUUGCUCUGCUGAGGAGUACCUAUCCUUUGCAUUUGAGCAUUGUCAUAGAGAAUCUCCAAAGAAUAAACGUGCUAUCCUGAUUUAUUUGAUUCCUGUUAAAAUGCUUCUGGGAAAUUUUCCAAAGCAAGAAGUUUUAAAGAAAUAUAGAUUAUCACAGUUCAUUGAAGUUGUCAAAUCAGUAAGGCAGGGAAAUUUAUUACUGUUCGAUGAAACACUUGAAAGACAACAAGCAUUUUUCAUCCAAUGUGGGAUCUACUUAAUUUUGGAAAAACUCAAAAUCAUCACCUACAGAAAUCUCUUCAAAAAAGUGUAUUUAAUGAUGAAAACUCAUCAGCUUCCUCUUGAUGCAUUUGUUGUUGCUCUCAAAGCUAUGAAGGUUGAUGAUAUGGACAUAAUGGAAGUUCAGUGUAUUGUUGCAAACCUGAUAUAUAUGGGCUAUAUCAAGGGAUACAUUUCUCAUCAGCAUCAGAAACUUGUAGUUAGCAAACAAAAUGCAUUUCCCCCACUCAACACCUUUCUAAAGCAAGUGCAGACGUAAUAUUGCUUUCAGCGUUAUAUCAAGGGAUACAUUUCUUAUCAUCAUCAGAAACUUGUAGUUAGCAAACAAAAUGCAUUCCCCCCACCUUUCCAACCGUUCCCAACACCUUUCUAAAGCAAGUGUGUAAUUGGAUCUUUGUGGCCCGGAUACUUUCUAGAAACUAUUUACAAUAUAAUGCAUUACCGUCUAUGCGUUUAUGUAGUGUUACCCACAUGACAAAAAUGUUUUGCCAUGCGAGAAAUGGUGACUUCGGAUAUUCUCCGGCCCCAACAUUUCCUAUUAUAUAGUAAUAUUAGUAGUUUCAUAUACCCAGCAGUAUGUGCCUUAUGGAGUUACAUUUGGAUAAUUUAUAAAAUAGUACCUAUAUUUUGUAAUAAAUCAUGUAUAAAAGUCUUGCAA